CGCCACCCGGGAAGCUUGCAGGCAAGAGCAGCUUCUGCUGUUGGGGAAGUGAAAGGGGGGGGGGUCCCUCCUUUCCCUUCACUUCUUUGGAGGCCAGAAGAUCGGGGGUCCCCACCCCCAGACCCAAUUUCUACAGAAGCCAGGCACAUUUGCACCCAGGUGCCAACAGCAUCGGAGCUGAGUGGGAGCAACAUCAGGGAGAGGAAGAAGAGCCACCGCUGUUUAAUUUGCUCUGAGAAAACCUCUUAAUUAGCCUCAUUUGGCAGCUCCCCAGCAGGCACCAGCACAGACCGAGGAAACGGGCAUUUGGCACUUGGGGAUGCUCUGAGCCGCCAGCCACUGAGCGUCAUCGGGCUCCGCUGCUCCCAGCCCCACCGCUCGCUGGGUGGACUCGGGCCGGGCCUCAGUCGCCUGCCGGGCAGCCAGCUCUCCCCAGGCACCAGCCCUGCUGCCAGCCAGAAUGAACGAAGUCCUGGACCCGGCGGCCAACCUGGGGGUGGUCUCGGCCACCACCUGCGUCUCCAAGGUGGAGCUCCGCAUCUGCUGCAAGCACCUCCUCGACCGGGACACCCUCAACAAGUCGGACCCCUGCGUGGUCCUCCUCAUGCAGUCCCAAGGACAGUGGGCGGAGGUGGAGAGGUCCGAAGUCAUCCGGAGCAACCUGAACCCCGUCUUCGCCAAGGUCUUCACGGUGGACUAUUACUUCGAGGAAGUGCAGAAGCUGCGCUUCGAAGUCUACGACAUCCACGGGCAUGGCGGCCCGGGCACCCACGAUGACGACUUCCUGGGGGGCAUGGAGUGCACGGUGGGGCAGAUCGUGGCCCAGAAGCGGGUGAGCAAGCCGCUCUUUCUCAAGUACGGGAAACCCGCCGGCAAGUCCACCAUCACCGUGACCUCGGAGGAGAUUUUUGGAGACAACGGCUUUGUGGAGCUUUUCUUUCGGGCAAAGAAGCUGGAUGACAAGGAUCUUUUCAGUAAGUCAGAUCCCUUUCUGGAAAUCUACCGGAUCAAUGAUGAUGGAAGUGAGCAGCUGGUACACCGGACUGAG